AUGGCAAAGCAUGAGAUUACAGGUGCAAGAAAGGGACAGGGAUGGUAUGUGGAACCUGUAAGGGGAUUGAAAUCUACCAUUCUUCUCAUGACAAGCCACCUGUCAACCGCAUCUCAGACUUCGCGUUUGUCCAUAGAAAUUAAAAGAAAAGAGGGAGAGAUAAAUGUAAGGAAGACAGGGUCCAUUGGCCUGGAGUCCAGGCCUUUUGGUAGGUGGUUAGCCCGAGUCCAAUCCGGUGGGCAGUGGGGUAGGCAAAGGAAUAUACCGGCCACAGGAACCGCCUAA